AUGAAUGCCUCUCUUCACGACAAAGUCGCCCGGAAAGCAUGCUUUCUGUGCUACAUGGUGCACCAAGCCGAGCGCCGCACGCGCCAGGCGCUCAACAAUAGCAGGCAGCCGAAAGCAGGGUAUCUACCAGACAAUUUGCCAAACAAGAUUAAGCUGCUACCCAAGGAGAAUUUCCAAGCCCCGCGAUACUCGACGCUCGAGGGCAAGCGCAGGACGGCGCUGAUGUACGAGCGCGAGGUGAAACGCCAGAAGACAAUAGCAGCGAUCCAAAAGACGGCCUACACCCUGCUCAGCCCCAUUGCCGAGGAAAGCGACGAGGAGAAUGCGGGGAAAGGCAUUGAGUCGUAUACUUUGGUUGGCGAAUUUCAUGUCUGCUCGCACCUGUACAAAAUGGCCCUCCACGACCAAAGUGGCACAUACACCAAGACUGCUGUCACAUCGCUAGAGCGCAGCGAGUUUUUCCGACACGGGGGCGUUUUGGCACUGCUCAGUUGGUUGAUCAAGGAGUCCAAGAAAAAGUCAAAGAAACCCGUUCAUCACACCAGAUACUAUCGCAGUCAUUAG